AUGAGCAAUCUAAAUAAUAGUCCUGUUCCUGUUAAUCAAAUUGACCAAAGAAGACUCAGUAAUGUCUCUACUCUUUCUACAACUGACUUAUCUGAACAAAAUACUCCCAGAAGAGGUAAUAAACGUGAACCAGAGGAUGACUUGGAUGAAGAAGAAACUGGUGAUGAAGGUAAAAGUGAAAAAAGAGCUGGCAGACGUAAAAUAAAGAUUGAAUAUAUUGAAGAUAAAAGUAGACGUCACAUUACAUUUAGUAAAAGGAAAGCUGGAAUAAUGAAGAAGGCAUACGAACUUAGUACUUUAACCGGAACACAAGUACUUUUACUCGUAGUAUCAGAAACUGGUCUUGUAUACACCUUCACUACACCUAAACUUCAACCACUUGUCACAAAACCUGAAGGCAAGAAUUUGAUUCAAGCAUGUUUAAAUGCGCCUGACCCACCUCAAGAACCUUCUACUCCUUCUCGUGUAUCUCAGAAUCCACCUACUUAUAGUAACGAUAAUGCACCGACAGUAGAUGGAAACAAUAAUGAUUCUGUUUAUGAUUCUGUUGAUCCUCAACCUUAUGCCAUUGGUUUAAAUCCUUACGUUACUAAUCAAUAUGGAGGUAUUCCAAAUAAUAUGGCAAUGAAUACAGGUGGUGGUAUUCCGACAACAGCAGCUUCAUACAUGUCUUCUCAAUAUCCACAAUACGCUCAACAACAUAUGAACCAGUACGCUCAAAACUCAACAUACAUGGGUUCUCCUACCGGUGCUAACAAUUAUUGGAAUCAAGCUGCUAACACUUCUGCGACUGCUACAACAAACACAACAUCUAGUCCGAACAAUAAUGGCAACAAUACAAAAGUUCAACAAUAUUCAUCUACAAUGUAUACAGAUGAUGUUUAUGGAAUAUCUAGAUUUCUAAAAAAACUAAUCAAAGAAGCAAGAGAUGAAGUACUAAAUGUUGAUAAUAGUGAUCAAGAUAAUGGUAAAGAUCAAAGCAAUUCACAUCCAAAAACUGCACUGGAAAGAUUAAAAAUGGUCAGAGCUCGCUUAUUAAUAGAUGGUCGUUUUAAUCAUGCACACAUUAGAGAUACUAGUCAUUUAGAUUUCACUGAUAAAUGGGGUUAUGAAAAAUUACCUGAUGAUGCAAUUGCAGUUCCACUUAAACAUCAACCACCUUCAAAUGAUGAUAAUGAUGAUU